CAAGUGCACCAAUUCUAGAAAAACGAUUUUUAGAGGUGGGAGGGGUUGAUGUUGAAGAAGACGCGAAGGUGACGGUGGUGCACGAUAGGGGUGAGAGAAAACAGUGUCUCGAGGGGAAGAAUUUUGACGUAUUCGGUGUCCACGUGGGCCAUGGAAACUUUGUUUGUUCGAAAUACGCGCAAUCGUAAACGAGUAGAACGCUUUUGUGAGCUAUCGGUUGAAGCUUUUAUUGGAAUUACGUAACGAUGUGGAGUCGUUUGAGUGAUCAGCUUCAAGAGACUGUCCUCGUUUAUUGGAAUAUUUUGUGGUUACCAGCAUGAGUUUUUGGCCGCGAAGAAGAUUCCGUAUAACGCCGCUACGAGCUGUAGCAGCGUUUUGCUUCAUGAUUGUACUCUUUUGGUACAGUCUCGGUCGGCAAGAAGUUCCACAUCAACCCUGUAGUGCUCCGGAAGAGUACACUGAGAAACUGCAUGAGCUUGCCUACAGGUCACACUUGGUGUUAGCUAAACUGGGCAUCGUACAUUUUCUCUGUUUGGGGGCUCUGUGGGGUCAAGUUCGAAUAGGUCGGGCACUGCCCUGGGCUCGCAAGGUCGAACUCUGCCUGGUUGAUACCUUAAGGGACGAUGCUCUCAUUACGAAAACGUUUCGAGAGGUAGGCUUAAGCGCUACGUAUCUUCACAGUGCUGGAAUUUAUCGUGUCCAGGAGGAUAAGGCUGGGGAAGAUUCUCCUAAAGUGGAAAUCGUCGUUUUCGAAGAGGAUGCUGUGACUCAAAUGGUAAGAAGGGUGGGAUGGACAAGAAGGGUCCUGCCACCGGAUUGCGAGUUUUCACCGAGUUUGCAGUGCUUUCCGCCUCAACUGGUGAUUCCUCCCUUACCAGCAAAACAAUUUGGGGGUCGAUUAAUGCCUGUACCAAGAGAGGGCAUCGAACUACAAAAGUAUCAUUAUCCCAAUGAUUGGUGGUUGGAAAUCAAGCCAACGGAUUGCACCGAAACUCAAGAAACUAAUUCAUAGAUUGGCCAAGGCUUCCUACGUGUUCUUCGAAGAACUAGUGCCACAGUUUCUACGUGUCCUUUAUCAAUAAUUAGUUCUAUUCAUAAGUAUUACGCAUUUAGUUAAAUGGGGCUCUUUGAUCGCCUCUUAUUUAUUGAUGAGUAGAAUAAUAGAAAAUGAGCCUGAACUCAGCUUCUCCACAUUCUAUAAUCUUUUUAUAUUUAUUAUUAUUAUUACUAUUUUUGAAGACUAGAGAUAUCUUGAGGCUAUCGCAUUUUAUUAUAGUUCGAAUAAAUGCAGAAAAGUGCAGCAUGCCAAUUCCCUGUAAAACUUUCCUAUAGAUUUACAUCCAAGUUAUUGAUAUAGGUGUAUAAUAUUUAAUUGCAUUUUCUUCCGAAUGGCAUAAGAUUUGGGAGUCACGUAUAAAAUAUUAGAAUGUUUCGUAUGGUCCACGUUGAUGAAAGUAUUAGGAACAAAAUUGCUUCGCAUUUAAAUGCUGAGCUAGAUGAUCUCAGUAAUUAUAUCAUUAUCGUCGAUGGUAUUCUGCAAUAUUUUCUGAAUACCGUGCAUUCAAAUUAGUGCAGCCUAUCGCUUCAAAAUCGCAUCAAAAAUUGACAUAAUAUGCAAUAUUUAUCGCUUAUUAUGUUUAAACGUAUCUCUCUUCCUGUUGUUUUAUUUAUAUAAAUCGUUUAUACAUAUAAUCAAAGACGUUUUAUAAAAGCGUAAGCAUUUGUACUUAAAUGUAACAUGUGAUGUAAGAAAAACAUUUGACGAGAGAUGUACUUGCACGUCAAAUUCUUCCUCUUUCGAAAGUUAAAUAAAAUAUACGAUAA